AUGUCUCAAAUCGACAAACUCCUUAUCAGGGGAAUACGGUCAUUUGACCCGAAAGGACCGAGUGUUAUCGAGUUUUAUACACCCUUGACGAUAAUUGUCGGGCAUAAUGGCGCAGGAAAAACGACCAUUAUUGAGUGCUUGAAAUAUGCCACAACUGGAGAUCAGCCGCCAAACAGUAAAUAUGGUGCCUUCAUAUACGAUCCCAAGCUCGCUCAUGAAACUGAAGUCUUGGCACAAGUCAAGCUACGCUUUAAAAACGUUAAUGGUCGAGAAAUGGUCUGCACCCGCUCCCUGUCGCUGACUCAGAAGAAGACAGGAGUUCAACAAAAGACAUUGGAAAGUUUACUGAAAACAAAUGAUCCAGACACUGGCGAGUCCCACAGUUUGAGUACGAGAUGCGCAGAGCUAGACGCCGAGAUUCCCUUGCAAUUGGGGGUAUCCAAAGCCAUCUUGGAUAAUGUUAUUUUCUGUCAUCAAGAGGAGUCUUUCUGGCCGCUGUCUGAAUCUUCCAUUCUGAAAAAAAAAUUCGACGAGAUCUUUGCAUCAACCAGGUAUACAAAAGCAUUGGACAGCAUUAAAACCCUGAGGAAGGAGCAGUCCAUUCAACUACGUCUUGCACAAAAUAACCUGGAGCAUUUGAAGUCUAAAAAGGCAAAAGUUGAAAAGGUUCGGGAAACGCUAGCCGUCACGCAGGAAAAGUACGCCAUAGCUCAGCAGAGGAUUGACGCCCUGGACGCGGGAGAGAUAGAGGAGGCGGUUGCCCGAAUGACAAGCCUAAUGGAACAAAACAAGAAAUUGCAAGAUCUUACUGUCCGUGUUAAGCAGUCUGUGCUCGAGAGGGAUAUGAUCGCAAAAAACAUCAGACAAAUGAGAGAAAGUUUACAAGAAUAUACUGAAUCUGACAUGAAAUUGAAGGAACUUCUUACCGAGUACGAGAUGUCCUUGAACACGAAGGAAACAGAGCACAGUGCUCUUGAAAGCAAGGUCUCAAAACUGUCUGCAGAACUGAACAGAGUGCAAUCAGAGCAUUCUCAAAUAUUGACAUCACUCGGCCAACUUCAAGCAGAGAAGAGUGCACAUGAGAGACGACUGCAAGAAAGAGAGAAAGUUAUUAUAGAAUUAAGCUCAGCGCACAACUACAGUGGAUUCGACAUGGGAGCUCUAUCUGAGGACCAUAUACACCGUUUCACGCAGAAUUUGCGCGGUCAAAUCGAGGAACGAAAUGCGGGCCUUGAAUCUCUAAAGAUGGAAUGUAAGGAAAGAGAGAAUGCGAUGAUGAGCGAUAUUCAGCGAUUGAAAGCUACGGUCGCAUCAGUUGAAGAAACAAAGAAAAUGACCCGUAGACAGAUGGACAAUCACCGUCAGAAGAUCAGCCAACAUAUGCAAACAAUGCAUGGCAUUAAGGUGACACAGGCAGACGUUGACCAACUCCACAGCAGGAUUGCAGAAGAGGAAUCAGCGUUGGAGCAGAGCCGCCGUGAUUGGGGUGCAUCUGACUUUGAGGCAAAACUCGGAAAACUCAAUCAAGAGUUACGAGAAUACGAUUUUCAGCUGCGCCGAGCAACUGAUGAAAUGGCACUACUCAAUAUGCAAGCUAACACACGCGCCAGUCUGUCUUUGAAGAAGCUGGAAUUGGAGCGUAAAGAGGAAGCGUAUACUCGCAGCGUGGCUGCUGUCCAGUCAGAAACUGAGCAGUUUCUCGGACACAUGCCCCCGCCAGAGGUGAUGGUGCGUGAGGUUGAAAGCCUAUACAGGAUGAAACAGAAGUCUGUUAAGCAGCUCCAAGAACAUUUAGAGAACAAGAGCAGGGAGCUUUCAUCCGUGGACACCAAACUUCACAUGGCACGUACCACUCUUACAGCAAAGACACAGCAGCUAAGCGACAAAGUGGCGCGUAUCAAAUCGGUUAUUGGGGGCGAGGACUACUCUGCUGCCGUUGCCAAUGCAGAACAAGACAUUGUCGAAAAACGAGACGAGCUAUCGUCCAUGAGAAGCGCUGGAUCGAUGUAUCAAAAAUUUAUUGCAAAGUUCCAAGCAAAUGGAUGCUGCCCACUUUGCGUGCGAGGAUUCGAAGGCUCGGAUGGAAGCGCUUUUCUUGCCAAGGUGCCCGAAGUUACGCAAGCCGCAGAGGGUGCUCUACAGGCAGCGGAAAUGAGAAGAAAUGCAUUGUCUGAAUUACGCACGGACUGGGACUACGCGGAGCGCCUUAGGAAUGUGGAAAUUCCGGAGAUACGUACAAGAAUGGAACAAGACGAAGAUGAACGCCAUAAGAUCGCAUCGGCAUCGGAAGAUAUAGCUUCCGAACUUGCAGUGGUUGAGGUUGAAAUGCAAAAUGCAGACAUCUUACUGCAAAAGAGCGAGGAGGUUCUGCGUCUGCACCUGGAAAUUCAACAGAUUCGUGAGGAUGUCAAAAGAAUCAAUACGGAACUAAGCAGUUCCGGCUCGACCAAAACAAUGGAGGAAGUACAGCAGUCGCAUGAGCAGUUACAGGAUAAAUGUCAAAGUGUUCGGCGGAGUAUUGAACGCAUUAAUGACGAAUCGCGUAUGAAGCAGAGAGAUAUACAAAGCAACGAAAACCGAGUGAGGGAUAUCAAAGAGCAAUUACAGGCCGCAAACUACCAGUUCCAGGAGCGCAAAAAAUUGCAAGCCUCCAUUGCGGACUUAAAAGCAGAGAUCGAAAUUCUACAGAGAGAUACCGAGGAUGCCGAAUCCAAGGCCCGCGACGUUGCCCCAGUAAUCAGGCAAAAGGAAACGGCGUUGUCCAGAUAUCGCGAGCAAAUGAACGCUAAGGAGGCUGAAUUCUCGAAAAGCAUCAGCAGCUUGCAGCAUUCAUUGAAUAGACUGAUGAGUAUCGAUAAUGAAAUUCGAAGGUUUACUGAACAACGCGGUGAGGGCAAGCUUCGACAAUGUGAAGUGGAUCUGCAAACUGUAGACGCUCGAACCAGAGAAAUUAAUGCUCAGAUUACCCGUCUCAAUGAGGAGAUGCAGACUAUCCGAGACCAGCGUGCCGACGUACACAACCUACGACGUCAAAUCGAUGAUAACUUGAAGUACCGGCACCUACAACGGGAGCACGCUGCGGCUGAGGAUAGGAUCGACUUGUUGAAGAAGGAGAUUUCUGGGUACGAUCAGACGUCAAUCGACUCGCAAUACACCACCCUGAAAAGGAAGCAUGAGCGCCUUGUGGAAGAGCGUGCUGGUCUCGUUGGUGAAUCAAAACAGAUGCAAGAGCAGCUCCGGCAGUUAAAAGGGGAAUUGAGCACCGAUUACAAAGACGUCGAAGAACAAUACCGGAAGCAAUUAGUGGAACUGAAAACAGAGGAAAUGGCUAAUCAUGACCUUGAAAAGUACGCCAAAGCGCUGGACAAUGCAAUAAUGAAGUACCACUCAAUGAAGAUGGAAGAAAUCAAUAAGAUCAUUCGGGAGUUAUGGGUGAAUACAUAUCAAGGAUCCGAUAUCGAUACCAUUGAGAUUCGUUCAGACAAUGAGAACGUGAAAGGAAAUCGACAGUACAAUUAUCGGGUUGUUAUGGUCAAGGGCGACACAGCUCUUGAUAUGCGUGGGCGUUGCAGUGCGGGGCAGAAGGUCCUAACGUCGCUUAUUAUUCGGUUGGCACUCGCCGAGACGUUUUGCUUAAAUUGCGGUAUUCUGGCACUGGAUGAACCAACGACGAAUCUAGACCGUGAUAACAUUGAGAGUUUGGCGGAGUCACUAGCAAACAUAAUCAAGCUGCGAAGGCAGCAAAGCAAUUUUCAACUGCUGAUUAUCACCCACGAUGAAGAGUUUAUGCAACUGUUGGGAAAGUCGGAGUAUGCCGACUAUUACUGGAGAAUAUCCAAGGACGACGAGGGUCACUCCGUCAUAACCAGACAGGCUAUCCAGGACUCUUGA